GCCACACAAGUCAGACAGCGCUCCUCUGAUUCUCACAGCAGCUACGCCGGUCACCGAAAUGAACUUCAGGCAAUCGUUCACGAACAACAACGCUGAUUACAAUCUGGAAGGUUCCAUGAGGAUCAAGUCUAAAACAUGGCUACGCCGAUCCCUAAGAAGUAUGAGAAGACACCCCAGCAAAGAGAUGACAGCACCCGACUCGUACAGGGGGACAAAACAGGUUAAUUGCUCUCGAUCGUAUUGUUUUUUGGACUACACAGACUCUAACAGAAAAUGCGUUACAUUGGAAAAGCAGGAAAAUGAAGUGUUUGGGUUUGAAGUUCAGACUUACGGGCUACAACACAGGGACAGGACUGCAGUGGAGAUGUGCACAUAUGUUUGUAAGGUACAGGAGGAGAGCCCAGCCCAAAAAGCAGGUCUGAUCACAGGUGAUGUUAUCGUUGCAGUAAACGGAGUCAACACAGAAGGCACCAGUCAUCAAUUCAUCAUCAAACUGAUCCAGGAGUCCAGCCAUGUUUUAAGGAUGGAGACAGUGAGCAGGACAGUCAUGAAGAAGAUCGAGCUGGAGAUGAAGUUGAGAUCUCUGAAGCAAAGCUUGCGUGAGAAGUGGGCGGAGCUUCAGGAACUGACAUUACAGGAGCUUCACGUUGCCGGGGCCAAUCAGAACGAGUGCUCUUCCUACCCAUCUUCCCCCAUGUCCCUGGCAUCCCCCGUGGAGCUGGACAGCUGCCGCUUAUCCAGCGUCAGCAGUUGCUGGAGUAUGAUGACGGAAGACGGUGAGGACGCCGGUCAACUGACUUCCGACUGUGAGAACCGGAACCUCCAGAAGGGGCGCCGGAUGAGUGUUGAAAGCCAGGUCAGCAGUAGUGGCUCCUUAUCACCCUCCCUGGACCUCCUGGGGGUCUCCAUGCUCUUCGGAACUGUCCCCAGGCGAGCCAAAACCGGCCACGUUCGCAAACGAAUCUCAAAGCUGAUUCCGGGACUCUCAAACACACUGGAGGGGCAGGAGAACAGCUGAAGACCACCUCGACCUGUUGCUGCUUAUGUCUCAACGUUAUUUAUUAUCCAGUUUCACUGGUGACUCAUUUAUCCCAAACGGACUUACAGUUGUAGUCAGUUACACAGUGUGUUAUUUCACAGGAAGUAGUUCGGGUUUAGUGGUUGCAGUUACAGAGACACACGCAUCCCUGAACGGACUCUGGCUAGUCAAAGCUGCGCACGUGAGAGCAUUAUAAAACAACAGAUACUCAAUCUAACUUAACUUGCAUCUAACUUAAGUAUAAAAAUGUCUUCGUUUUAAUAAAGAUUUUUUUAAGAUUU